GCACGCGCUGGUACGGCGGACGGGGAUGAAGCUUAAGAACUUACAGCUGCGCUCGAAGAAUUUGACAGUGGAGCCACCCCAAGGUUCCAGGAAAUUCCCAGACUUAUCGUCAGUUUCAGAGAUGAAAGCUUAGUAUUAGUAAUAUCGCAAGAAACUGAAGUACGAUGCAGGCCGCAAUAAUGUUGCCAUCUUGGACGACAUUAAGCUCAGGCACAUUGGCAUAUUACACGACAGACCAUAAGAUUUCAUACAUUGAGUUGCAUAACUGUCCAGCGGAGAACGAUUGCGCAUAGGUUAAUAUUGAAUUUUUGGACACUAAAUUUGCGUGUCAACAUCUGUUGCGGCAGUCUGCAAACAUUCCGCGUAUGUGCCACCCUAAAUUUCCUAAAUGCUGUGGUACUGUCCCUAUACUGUGCACCCGUCAUGUCCGGUUGUAACUCGGAUUCCAAUGAAAAACAGAAAGGCAGUCAGCAUGUUGGACAUCACUCAGAUUGAGCCUCGAAACAUGGCGGGUGGUAUUUGACUGAAAUGUGAUCUUGUCGAGGACUCGGCUCCAUCGUUUUCAAGUGAAACUGUUGUAGACAAUUGAGGUAUCAGAAGCCACCAUGAAUCAGUUGGACGAUCAGGCUAACCUGACCUCAGACUUGGCCUAUUGGAACAACUCACAGGAGUUUUCCUGGGGACACCUGGGGUCAGAGUAUUUCGACACCGACUGUGCGGUCUACAUUCACCCCGUGGUGAAGGUCUUCUUGGCCGUAACCUUCAUCCUGACCAUUGUCAUCUCGGGCGUCGGGGACAGCCUCUUGGUCUUCAUCAUCCUGUUCCACAAGCGCCUGCGGACCGUCACCAACCUCAUGAUUGCCAAUCUGGCCGUUUCGGACGCCCUGAUGGCCCUCCUCAGUGCGCCCUUCACGCUGCACUAUUACAUGACCGAUAACUGGGCCUUCGGCAGCGUCAUGUGCCGCUUCGUCGGCACCGUGAAGAACGCGUCCUUGUUCGUCUCGGUCAACACACUUCUCGUCAUAGCUGUUGACAGAUUUGUGGGGAUCUUUAACCCUUUGAGGCCUCGCAUGGGCAAAGGAACUUUGUCUGUGAUUCUCUGCAGCAUCUGGUCGUUCUCCGUGCUGAUAACCAUCCCAACCCCGCUCUAUACAGAGACCUCCUCGGGUUUUGAUUGUAGGGGUGAAUGGAUCACAUUUUGCAGCGAAAUGUGGCACAAUCCUACGGCAGGAAAGGUCUACGUGACGAUAAUCACUGUGGUGGAGUUUGUUAUGCCCGCCCUCGUCAUGGGCGUGGUCUACAUUAAGAUUGCCACCCAGUUGUGGUUUCAUCGCCAUCCACCGGGCCACGAGACACCCCGCCACCGGGAGAUCACCCUGGUCCGCAAGCAGAAGAUCAUCCCCAUGCUCAUCACCGUGGUGGUGGCGUUCUUCCUGUGCUGGGCGCCCUACUACGCCUACAAUCUCGUCUGGCACUUCCACGCCAACAACCUGUCCGACUUUUCUUUCCAGUACUCCUUCUACUUCAUAGUAGAGAGCGUGGCCAUGCUCAAUGCCGUCAUCAGCACCGUCAUCUACUUCAUUAUGUCGCCCGUCUUCAGGGAGGAGUUCUGGUGCCUUCUGUACCGGUUCUUACCCUUCCGCGGCUUCCACGGUCGCCACGGCCGGCGGAAAGGUUUCAAGAACGGUAGUCAGCAGGCUUCGCGGACAGGCAGCGGCUUCUCCCAGACCAUGCGCAAUGGUCACUACCACGCCGUGCCCAGGACCACGGAGACUGCCGAGGCACACUUGUAAAUUAUGAUGAAUUUGUAAAUGAGAGUUUAUGCCGUAUAAUGCCACUUAAGCUAGAGUACAGGGGUGCUAUAAAAGCACGCCCUCGGCAGGGAUGAGAAACCCUCAAUAGAGUUUUUAAUAGUGAUAAACUUGUAUUUAUGCAGAGAAAAACCAAGCUUUUCUCCUGACGGUUAGGGCUUGUGACUCACGAACAUAGAGUCCAGGGUUCGAAUCCAGCUGGAACUUACAUGUUGUGACCUUGGGCAAGCAACUUUACUGUCUGGCUUACCUGUCUCCACACAGCAGUGUAAAAUAAUGGGGUACCUGUCAGUGCUGAGAUGGUUCUUUAAUUUAGCCGUUCGAGCCAGAAAUCGCAGCAUCAAGCUGAAGACUCCCAAGGCAGCUGAGAUGGUUUGGGGAAUGUUUAAUUGGCCUGAUGAGCAGGGAUAGUAAUGAUGUAAAGGGGCCUUAAUUGGGUUCCCGGAUAAGUGAGCAUUAUAAGUCGAUAUUAUUUUUACAUGUAUUAUUGCCAUUGUUUUUCGAGUUUGAAUCGAUAUGGCAUGCAGGGUUUAACGGCGUCUUUCACGAGUUUUAAAUUCUAUCAGGUGCAGCCGGCCGUAAUCUGCAACAUGGUUUAAUGAUAAGUAUUGGCUUGUUUUCAAAAAAGGUCCAUGUUGCGUUGUGCUGUAUCCUGACAUGGGCAGGGACUGAAUGUGUUCAUAUGAAAAUAUUUUAAUGAGCCUCCAACGCAAACAAAAAUUGUACAAGUUGUGACACUCAAAUUUUCUGUCAUCCCUAAAUUGAAAAUCCGUCGACCACAUCCCAUUAUCACAUUUGGUAAGUCUCCAUCCAAAUAGGAAAAAUAACGACAGACGUUACCGGUACCCCAUUCCGUUGGGAAUGGAACACCAAAUCAGGUGGAACAAGUAUAGCUCGUUUUGGGCCGAUUGCUUUGGGAUUCUGGUUGAAACGGGGAGGCACUCCGCUCUCUCGACAUUUUCCAGUUGAAAGAACAAGAUCGCAUCUAGGGGGGAAGAUAUGAAAGUAGGUAACAUAAGAAGAAGACGCGUCUUCCAGUGGUCCAGGUUUGCGGCACCAUCCUCUCGCGUUUCAACUUUAAUGAAAAUAUAUCUGUGUGCGUGUUCCGUAGUGUUAUGUUUCUCCGGUAAUUCUGUUGAAUUUUAUUUGUGAAUAGAGUGCGGGCUGAACGUAAGUACUAUAGUACUAAGUACUGGCUAGCGUUGACUUGUAACUGUGCGAACUGUUUGGGUUACCCGGAGUAACUGCCAACGUGAAAAUGUACUACUGAACUCUAAUUUUGCAAAGGUUGUGCUUUAUACUAUGAUUUUUCCCGUAACACUAGUCAUCUUAGCCACAAAAGCCGGUACAUGUUGUAUAUCCUGCUUUUCAAAUGGGUGUCAUCAGUGUUCAUAGUGUUUGUGUAAAAUGUGAUGUCUUUAAAAAGUAUUGUGUCCCUUUCAAUUUAUCUUUAACUGAAAAAUUCUUCGCUGUUAAGAACUUACAGUUGUGUAUGAUGAAAAAUGUAUUUAUAAUCUUAUGUAUUAUACUGUCAAACAGAAACUUUGUACAGUGAGAGGUAUUUUACAUCAAAGUUCUGAAGAUUGUUUGAAGACUGGUUCUAUUUGUAAUCGAAAAAUGGUAUUUCUAAGAGGUCUGUUAACGAAAUGAGUAGAUAAGAUUUUGUUGGUAACUAGGCGCAGAGACCAGUGCAGUGUAUUGAAAUGCCAAAUCGAGAAAGAGAAAGAAAAAGAUACGGCUCGCUGCCUCCGUUGAGAUGUCGUUGAGGAAACCUAAUAUAUCAAAGUUCACGACACUGACGUCAUUCAAACUCUUCCUGAAAAUUCGUUAACGUGUUCAAAAGACCCUUUACUUUUAAUUUGUGACUAGAGAGACAAAACGAAGUAAUAAUAAACGCACGGAAGAAUAUAAAAACAGUUGUCCGAUUACUUCCGAGUGAGAGAGAUGAUGGAUUUGCCUCUUUGUGAAAAAAAAAGUCUGGUUCUGCCCUUCACGUCUGCACCCGGCUCUGUGGCAGUGUGAGAGAGUUACAGAGAAGGUAGCUGGAAAUGAUAUGGGGGGGGGUCAUGUCAUAGAAAUGCUUAACAGAAAAUAUUGCACCCCAAGUUUUUGUAGCGGUACUAAGUCACUACAGAAUAUUAUAUUGCAAGACAAUAUCGCUGGUUACUUUUUUCGACGCAAGGUAUUUUCAAAGCUCAGCAAAUUGUGGCACUGUUGCAACUGCCUGAACUUGGUACGAGACCCACAGCAGAGGAGAGGUGGUUUUGAGAGGCGCAGGUGAUGAGCGAUGGUGGUGUUUACAGAAACGAGCUCAACGAAGUGUCAGUGGAUGGAAUGAAUGAUUUGAACUUGUCGGGAAAAAGAUGGUGAACUUGGUUGGUGACGCGCAGGGGAAAGUGAGGAGAGAAGCAUUACAGCAAAUGUUUAUGCGAGAAGUCUAGAAGAAAUAUGUUCACAGAAACUGAUCAUAACCAAUUUUUAUUUGUUUCGUAUGUCUGAAGACUGGUAUGGCAUACAUCUCAUUGAAGUCCAGCCCAAGGUAUGCACCUCCUUGUCUGAUAACCCCCCGGUGUCUUUCAUUAAUAGGUUCCAUGAUGAUAAUACAUUUCAUUUUGGGUAUAUGUUCUGUGAGCCCUGUUUGGUUUUGUUGUGUGUUCGUUCACCAGAAAUGGAAUCACAUUAUUUAUUCACGAUAACAGCUUAAUUCUUGUCUGAACGAACAUAAACAUGCAGAGUGUACAAUUUAUCGACCCCUUGAGAAUUAAUACAUAAAAGGAUCACUGGUCACAUUGCAUUCAUGCAUGUUGUUUGAGUUUAAAUUUCAUGUACACUAUAUAACUUUCACGGUAAGUAGGCUCGUAAACAGGAAAGAGUGAUCAGAAUUGACGUGAGUAGGCGGAAAUCACUUCGUUUUUGGUAUCAGUUCCAAGUGUAAUUUCGGAUCGUGUCCUCAAUCUGUGUCCGGACGAUACGCAGUUCCGUAAAAGUAGAAUCAUGCCCCAAAAUGAUUGCGUUGAAAUAGAAGGAGGCAUUGGAAGUGGUUUAUUGACAACACAUGAUUGAUUGCCAUCAUUGUACUGUGUGGGCGAAUAGGUGAAACUGUUGGUUAAAGAUGUGAGGUGUGACCUUUUUUGUUUAUACCGUAGAAACCAUUAUUUUCUACAUAUUCUAUGUGUUGAAAGCCAGGAACUCGGACGAUAUUCAGAGGAGAAUGGGCGGGUAUUGAAAUGUGUACAUAGUCUUUCGUCUAUUUGAAGCAUUUGUAAUUUUUUAAAUGUUAAUUUGCCUUUUCGGAAAUACACCAUGAGUGGGAACUCUACCUCGGUGCAAAGUGAGAAUUCAGUUGUAUCUGUUUGUAUUUAUUUUGUUUCGAGUUGAAUGAAUAUAUCAUAGUUCAUAGGUUGUUCUCAAUUCGUUUUGUCACCUGUUUGUUUUGGUCAUGAUACUCGUUUAUGCCCAUCUGGAACUAAACGCAGUAUGGUGACUUCCAACCAUAACCCUAUAGCAUGUCCCCUCCAUGAUUGGAUUUUUGUGCAUUUGGUCAAAAUGUCAUUUAUCGCCACUCGUUUGAAAACAUUCGGGAUGAAAAGGGAUAUCUUUUGUGACUGACAGUUUUAAGGUAAAAAUUGAUGGCCUUUGUAAAUGAAUCAGUGAAUUUUUAAAGUAGAAAACAGAAUGUAAACUUAAAUUAUAUGUAUGCACUUAAACAUCGAUUUCACCUUACUUGUAUUUUAGCGGGUACUUUGUUGGCCUGUAUAUUAACUUCUCUCUGAAAAGUUGAUGUUUGUAACAUAUUGGUUAACUCCGAGGGAAAAGCCUCGACUAAAUUGGCAGAACAGUAGAUUCAAGUAUCCUCCAAUUCGAAUGUUGCACUUUCCCUAAAACCUUAAUUCUUGGCUUUCUCACGAAAUGGUUCAGGUGGCCAGGUUCGUCUGUUGGCAACCUAAUAGCAUAGUACGUAUAAAUGUUCUUCCUGAGAAAUAUCUAUGAAAUACGUAGUCUUUACUAAUAAAGGAGAAUUUUUAGAUCUUUUAGAUUACCUUGGACUUUGACAUUGCUCGCCAUGAAUCAGUUGGGAAUGCAGAUAUUUCAAUUUCACGGAAGUAUAUGGAUCAAUAACAGAGUUCGUUCACUCGUGGAAAGACGCGCCGUCACCAAGUCUGGGCGCAGUCCGCAUUUCCCUUGCACCAUGCUUACACGAACACGCACACAGCCUAGAUUCUGUUAACGUAAUCGGGUGCCCCAGUGAAAUAUCCCGCAUGAUUUAUGAAACGAAUCGUGUGCAAUUUUUGUCUCGUCACUCAUUGGUCCUCUCAUCUUUUCUCGCGCAGCCCCCCCUGGUUAUUUUGACAGUGCUAUUACACCGCCCCUUCUGUCAAAGCGCCGUCAUCACAGCAUGGUGUCCAAUUAGGCGCGAGAUCUCCGUAGACGAGAUCGAGCCUUUUUAACUCCCAGGAGGGACGAGCCCGAUGACCAGAUGUAAUUUUAAGAAUGAUUGCCAAGAAAGAAAGAAAGCGAUUGUCCAAAAUUUUAAAGAAGAGUGGUUGAGCGUUUCCCGUUGCCCAUUAAUUUUUGAAAUGUUUGUCGCUUGUAGGAAAGAGUUUGAGCCUUAGGAACAGAACGUAUUAAACGUGAAUUUUACAACAGUCAGGCGAUUUCUGGACCCGUUCGAUUGUACCAUCUACAGACACUCCUGGCUGUCUUGGGAACUCUUGGAAUUGUAGCAACAACUAAGGAUACCAAACAAAACGCUGAUAUUUUAAUAAGCACCUGUAACAGUGAACCACAUGUUACAAAAAGUUUCUUGUUUUUUAUUGUAGAUACGCAUAGCCCAUGAAUCUAGCAAAAGAAAUUGAUAAAACCACAAAUCGGCUAUACUACCAUGCUGCCACCGGGGAGCCAGAACAAAACCGUCACUGUAAUCGUGUAAUCGUUUUCUGUUUUCCCAAAUUACUUCGAAGUGCAGAUGUUUCAUUAUAUUUGAUUUAAAAAGCAUUAAAUUGUACCCAUAGUAAUCGUAUGUUCAUCUCAUUUGGGGUAUUUCGAGGAAACCUUGUGAAAGGAGGUAUUACUUUGUUAAGUUUCGUUAAAUUAAUUAAAAUUAAAUUUUUAUGUGUGUACAAUUCAGGCAAUCAUUAUGAAACAGAGGACAAAGUUAGACGAUAGUGAUUAAUACUUCAUGAGUUUAAGAUAAACCAAAGGGUUUCGGGAGUUUUAUUAGUGCUUUAUGCUUGACAAGCUCCACUUGCAAAUAGAAGCAUCGUGUAUAAUAUAAAAUCAUAUGUAAGCAUACCAUCAAGUGCAAAAGAUAUUAGCACAGUGUAUUUAUUUUGUUGAUAAUUCAUUGUGAAAUAAAAAAUGGAUAUUUUCCAAAAUUC